AGAAAAAAAAAAUAAAAAUAAGAUGGCGUCUCGUCAAGAAAGAUAGGAUGGCCCGAAGACAUUGGCGAUGUUGGUCAUUAAAAAUGAUUGAUAACGAUACAACCGAUUAAAUUCGAGACUGUCGUUUACUGUUAAAACUAACUCUUCAAUCAGUGCUUCCGAACGUAUGUGUUUGACAGAGCGCAGUUUGUGAACGAGUGAGGGUGAAACGGCCAACUUUGCUAGCGACAGUAGCUAGCCAACUGGACCGAACACAAGUAGCCGACGUUAGUGAGGAAGGAGAGCGGCUGCCAGCCCACUCACAGCCCCCGGGACGUCGGGUUAGUCACGGGAAUGGCAAUGGAAACGGAAGAGUUUGUACCCCCUCCGGAGUGUCCAGUAUUUGAGCCAUCGUGGGAGGAAUUUUAUGACCCCCUGGGCUACAUUGCCAAAAUUCGUCCAAUUGCAGAGAAGUCUGGAAUAUGCAAAAUUCGGCCUCCACCGGACUGGCAGCCACCGUUUUCAGUGGAGCUGGAUAGCUUCCGCUUCACACCCCGCAUCCAGAGGCUUAAUGAGCUAGAGGCAGAGACUAGAGUGAAGCUUAAUUACUUGGACCGCAUUGCUAGGUUUUGGGAGAUCCAGGGUUCCUCUUUGAAAAUUCCACAUAUUGAAAGACGCAUCCUUGAUCUUUUCAGUCUGUCCAAGAUUGUGACAGAUGAAGGAGGUUUUGAAAUGAUCUGUAAGGAGCGGCGCUGGGCUCGUGUGGCCCAGAGGCUUGGCUACCCUGCUGGCAAGAACAUAGGUUCCCUUCUGCGUUCACACUAUGAGAGGAUUGUUUACCCCUUUGAAAUGUUCCAGUCUGGUGCCAGCCUGCCGCAUUAUAAGCCAAAGCACUAUGAUGGUGAGGAUGUAGAUAAGGAAUACAAACCCCACUCCAUUCCCCUGCGUCAGUCUGUCCAACCAUCUAAAGUGAGCAGUUAUGGGCGCAGAGCCAACCGCUGCCAGCCUGACGGUCCAGAGGAUCUGGCCCCCCAUCCUCUCACCACUGGCUCUCCACUCAUCCCUGCGCCUGAACCUACAGAGGAAGACAUAGAAAAGAACCCAGAGCUGAAGAAACUUCAAAUCUAUGGAGCAGGGCCAAAGAUGAUGGGACUUGGACUGGUUGCAAGGGACAAAGGGGUCAGAAAAAAAGAUGAGCCGCUUCAAAGUGUUACAAUCAAAGAGGAUGUAUCUACUCCUCCUGGCGGAACAUCAGCGGAGCCGCUGGAGCCGCAGAAGAAGCAGUGUGACGAGAGCAGUUUGAGUCCACUCCCUCCACCCUCAAGUAUCACCGUUAAGGCAGAAGUGAAGAAAGAACCAAAGGAAGAUGAUGUGAAGAGUCAUGAAACUGGGGAAGAUGUUACAAGUGGAACCUGCACCAAGAUGACCAUGAGACUAAGACGCAACUCAACUAACUCUCAUUUGGAGUCCUUCGUGUGUCGUAUGUGUGGUCGGGGAGAUGAUGAUGAGAAGCUCCUGCUCUGUGAUGGCUGUGAUGACAACUAUCACACAUUCUGUCUGCUGCCUCCACUCGCUGAGCCUCCUAAGGGCAAUUGGCGGUGCCCCAAAUGUGUGGUGGAAGAGUGUAAGAAACCUGCAGAAGCAUUUGGUUUUGAACAGGCUACUCGGGAAUACACUCUGCAGAGUUUUGGGGAAAUGGCAGACUCCUUCAAAGCAGAUUACUUCAACAUGCCUGUCCAUAUGGUUCCCACUGAGCUUGUGGAGAGAGAGUUCUGGAGGUUAGUCAGCAGCAUUGAAGAAGAUGUUACCGUUGAAUAUGGAGCAGACAUACACUCCAAAGAAUUUGGUAGUGGCUUCCCGAUGAACAACGGCAAGAAAAUCCUUACAACAGAAGAGGAGGAAUAUGCUCUCUCUGGUUGGAACUUGAAUGUGAUGCCUCUGCUGGAGCAGUCACUUCUGUGCCAUAUUAAUGGAGACAUUUCUGGGAUGAAAGUUCCCUGGCUUUACGUAGGCAUGGUGUUCUCAGCUUUCUGUUGGCACAUUGAGGACCACUGGAGUUACUCCAUCAACUAUCUGCACUGGGGUGAGCCAAAGACAUGGUAUGGCGUUCCGUCUAUGGCAGCAGAGCACCUUGAAGAAGUGAUGAAGAAACUGACGCCAGAGCUCUUUGAAUUCCAGCCCGACCUCCUCCACCAGCUUGUAACCAUCAUGAACCCCAAUAUCCUCAUGGCUCACGGUGUACCGGUUGUACGUACCAACCAGUGUGCUGGUGAGUUUGUCAUCACUUUCCCCAGAGCCUACCACAGUGGCUUCAAUCAGGGAUAUAACUUUGCUGAGGCAGUCAACUUCUGCACUGCUGACUGGCUGCCGGCCGGUCGUUCCUGUAUUGAACACUACAGACGUCUGAGGAGGUACUGUGUGUUCUCCCACGAGGAGCUCACCUGUAAAAUGGCGACUUGUCCAGAAAAGUUGGACCUAAAUCUGGCAGCAGCCACACACAGAGAAAUGUUCAUUAUUGUUCAGGAGGAAAGGAAGCUGCGGAAGAGUCUGAUGGAAAGGGGCAUAACUGAAGCAGAGAGAGAAGCAUUUGAGCUGUUGCCUGAUGAUGAGAGACAGUGUGAUAAAUGUAAGACCACUUGUUUCCUCUCCGCUUUGGCCUGUUCAAACUGUCCCGAGUGUCUGGUGUGUCUUUACCACACACAGGACCUGUGCAACUGCCCCACUGAUAAACUCUACCUCAGGUACAGAUAUACCCUGGAUGAGUUGUUAUCCAUGCUACACCGGUUAAAGGUCCGGUCUGAGUCUUUUGAUUCCUGGGCCAAUAGAGUAAAAGAGGCACUCGAGCAGGAGGAGGGUAACAAGAUAGGAAUCAGUGACCUAGAGGUGCUAAAAUUGGAAGCAGUAGAAAAGAAGUUUCCUGACAAUGAACUUCUUCGGAAGCUCAACACUGUUUUCAAAGACAUAGAGCACUGCCAGCGGACAAGCACUGAACUCCUCAGUAACUCAAAAACCAGUGAGGAAAAGAUGACUUUAGCGGCGCUAAAAUCUUUGGUCGAGACGAUGCAAAACCUGCCCUGUGUCAUGAGCCAGCUGUGGGAAGUACAGGCGGUUCUGAAGACAGUUGAGGAAUUUCAGAGUCGGGCAGAAGCUCUGGUCAAUGAACGAGACUGGAGGAGGGAAUCUCCACCACCUGAACAUUUGCAGGCCCUGUUGGACCAGGGGGCCAAACUACCAGCUGAGGUGCCAGAGUGCACUUUACUCCGCGGUCUGCAGGAGCAGGGCCACUGGCUAGAAGAGGUGAGGCGGACUCUGGGCACGGGAGGAGAGGAGAGACCAGAUGUGACGUUGGCUGUAUUGAGGAAUCUAAUGGAAGCGGGCUGCAACGUGCCACAGAGUGCAUCUGUGGAGACGGCCAUGGCGGAGCUUCAGGAGCUUCUCACAAUUGCAGAACGUUGGGAAGAGAAGGCGCAGAUCUGUUUGGAACAAAAACAAAAACACCCUCUCUCUACACUGGAGGCCAUAGUGAAUGAAGCCCAACUCAUCCCGGUCAAGUUGCCCAACAUCCUGGCUCUUCAGGGCUGCCUGAACAGAGCGCGGGCCUGGGUGACAGACCUGGAGGAAAUCCAGAAUGGGGAGCAUUACCCAUGUCUGGAUGAUCUCGAGGGCUUGGUAGCUAUCGGAAGGGACUUGCCCGUCUUCAUGGAAGAGCUGAGGCAGCUGGAACUGCAGGUGGCCAGCGCUCACUCCUGGAGAGAUAAAGCCAGCAAGACCUUCUUGAAGAAGAGCAGUCAGCACAGUCUGUUAGAAGUACUGUGUCCAUGUGUUAAAAGGAGAGAGCGGCGAGAUGAAACUGCAUCUUUUGAUGAUCCAUUGGAGGACUCUGACACUAACACUCUAGGACUCUCUGCUCAGGACUUAAGGGACCCUGCAGCUAUUGUGAUAGCCUUCAAGGAAGGAGAACACCAGGAGAAGGAGGCUCUACUGAGGUUACAGAAAUGGAACCUGUGUAAAUCUGGACUUGCGACUUAUAGUGAGGACAAGGAGAACGGGAGAUGGGGCGACGCGAUGGACACAACCAGUAACUCAGAGAACCCUGUAAAGGAGAACGGUAACAGUAACCACGGCUGCACCACCCGCCCUCAGUCAGUUUGUGUGUGUGCUGGAGAGCCUCGCUCUCCACAGCUGCGCUGCCACCUCUGCAGGGACUGGUUCCAUGGUGGGUGUGUUCCUUUCCCUACUCUUCUACCUUCCUCCACAACACAAGUGAACCCACUCUGCUGGUGGGACUGGGACUCGUGCUUCUUAUGUCCGCAGUGCCUGCGGUCACGGCGCCCUCGCCUGGAAACCAUCCUGGCAUUACUCGUGGCCCUGCAGAGGCUGCCAGUGCGUCUGCCCGAGGGAGAGGCACUGCAGUGUCUUACAGAGAGGGCCAUCACCUGGCAAGGCCGGGCCAAGGAGGCGCUCGAGACGCCCGAGCUGCAGGCAGCACUGCAGAGGUUGCAGGAACUCAAUGAGACUCUUCAGUAUGAGCCAGAGAAGAAGGAAGGUGGGAAAAAAGACACAGACAUAAGCUCUGUGAUUGUUUUGUCAGACUCUGACGGAGGAGAAGACGGAGUCAUUGAUUUGACAGAGGAUAGUCCAAAGAAGACGACGCAGGAAAAGAACCGCACUCAGACUGACUGUGUAAAUGGCAUCAACAAGAAGUCAACGGUUACAGCUGUGGGGUCUUUGCUCCCUCUGCUGCCUUUACUGCAAGGCGAGGUGGUGGAGCUUUCCCCAGACACGGAGCGCCGUCUGAAAGAGCUGCAGCUGGAAGGAGAUCUGCUGGAGGUGUCUUUAGACCAGACACACACCAUCCACAGGGUUCUGCAAGCUGCAUCCUCUCCACCCAGAGAGAGACUGCAAACACUCAUCCAGAUUGAGCUUGAAGAACAGAGACGGAGCAGCCGUGGGCGAAGCAAGGAUUCUAAAAGGAAGAGGAAGAGCCACAGAGGUGACAGUCGGGACGGGACGGGAGCCGCGUCACAGCACGUCUCAGAGUCAAAGAAAACUUGCCCUCACAGUCCCAGUUCUUCCACCCACGUACCCAUCCACAUCCAUCCAGAGAUUUUGUGAUAGGUGACGCUGGAUUUGUUGGAGGAUCAGAGGGGGCGGAGUGUUCGUGCCAGAAGACAGUGUCAAGUUCAAGAAAGAUGCAGGACAUCAGCCCGUCCUCCAUCCGUUCAUCCACACUCCAUCUCCUCCCUCACUCCCAUCCCACCUAUCCCUACUUCUUUUCAUCAUUUCUUUAUGUUCCAGCUUUUCUCCACGCAUUUUCCCGGUCAACAGAUUUGGACUUUCUGGGACUGACGUAGGACUUGGCUUCUUUUGGCGUUCCGUGGUCUCUGAGCUACGUUAUCCGACUGUAUUAAAUACUGGUUCAGCUGUAGCCUCUGACUGGCUCUUUAAAGCGGCACGCUGACACUGAGGUGCAGCACUUUCACAGCACCGCUCUCACUUUUUUCUUUUCUUUUUUUUGUAUUGAAGCUUGUUUGUUUUUUGAACGGCUACAAAUGUUGAAUAAACUGAUAGAACAUUUAGGGAAAUGUUUAAAAACAGGCGUUCUUGUUUUGGUGCUACUUUCCCAAAAUAAAUGGAUCUGUACUGCUUUCACUUUAUCCUCCCCUCGUUCCCUGUCAUGUUUUUUUUCCCCCCACGUUUUUUUUAAGGUCCUCAACUCCAUCUUUUAUUCCCUUUGACUUGCUUUCUCCCCCUCUAUUCUUAUCUCUGUGUAAACUAAGAAAACUUCACUGUAACUCACUUUGUCACAUUUUAUUUUAUGUGCCGGGGUUAAAUGAUAUAAUAUUAUUAUUGUUAUUAUUGAUAUUCGGACACACAGUUGUGCAUUUGUGUACAAACUUUUCAUUUUAUUGUUGCCUUUGUUUCUUUUCACUCUUGUUAGAAAAAUAAAGGUUUAGAAUUGUUUAGGA